AUGUCAGCCUUACAGUUCAGAGGGAAUCCAAACUACCGUGGAUCGCGUCCGAAUCCAUCAACUCCCACUGCAGACCGACCGCUGCUAUCUAGAAAGAGUGAUAGCACACCGGAAAAACUCCAAGGUGAAACCAAGACCAAACCUCCACGCAAGUUCGCCUCCUUGCUUGCUUCGAGCAAUAGCAAAGAGACCAAAAGGGACACGUCCGAUGAUGCCUCCGACACUGAGCGACCACACAAGAAGCGCACAAUGAGUGUUGAUGAAUCCCAAGACCCUACACCAAUUUCAAACCCUUGCCCCUCUGUUCCGAGAUGGUCCAACCCGGAUCCUUACACUGCGAUACCCUUACGAAGCAAACAAACGAAUCAAAGGCUCGAUGUUGUCAAGCUGAUUCAAAAACCAAGACUUGGCGAUAAAGCGAAGGCAGCUGAGACAGAUGAACUCAGGGAGAACUUGGAUUUCGUUUCCCUCAGCAUGAUAUCAGAAAAAUCAGAGCAUCAGAGCAACGCUCCCGAGAACGCCUCCGAUAUCGCCCUCAAAGGGCCAACAAGCCAGGAAAAUGUAUACUCUGCCGACCCGAGUCGAAAGCGAACCGGAGGGGUGCGAUCAAACGCCACUUAUCAAGGAGUGGAGACCACCGUCCCAAGAGACGGGUUAGAUCGCGAGAUUCUCAGCUUUUAUGACUGGGCCAAGCCGCAGGAAUUUGGAAACGUUGUCCGUAGAGAUCUCGUCGAGCGAUUGAAUAUUGCAUUUCAAAGUCGAUACGCUGGCACUGAAAUCCAUGCUUUUGGCUCUUCUGCCUCUGGUAUCUACCUGCCUACCGCGGAUAUUGAUCUGGUACUACUGUCCGACAAUUUCAGACGCACAGGAGUGCGUUCAUUUGGUGAGAGGAAAGGAAAACUAAACGCAAUUUCGGGCUUCCUGGAAAGUACCAAUAUUGCUGUUCCUGGUUCGAUCGAGUGCGUUACCCAUGCUCGGGUCCCGAUCCUGAAGUUCGUGGACCGGCUGACUGGGCUGCGUGUUGAUAUGUCCUUUGACAACAACAGUGGGUUGAUGGCCAACGAGACAUUUAAAACAUGGAAGGAGCAGUUCCCCAUAAUGCCCGUUAUUCUGUCAGUGGUCAAGCAGUUUUUGCUCAUCCGUGGCCUCAAUGAAGUCCGGACUGGUGGACUGGGAGGCUUCUCCGUCACUUGCUUGGUCACAAGUCUACUCCAGCAUCUGCCCAAAGGACAUAUGCAGCUCAACCCUGGCAGCAUUCUCAUGGAAUUCUUUAAUUUCUACGGAAACAAGUUUCAAUACAAUCAAGCGGCAAUCUGUUUGGAUCCUCCGGGAUAUUUCAGCAAGAAAUCAUUUGGAACCCCCGAUCGUCUCACUAUUGAAGAUCCUAACAAUACGGACAACGAUAUCUCUGGCGGCACAAGGGCGAUCGACCUGAUUCUUCGCACCUUCGCUAGUGCUCAUACCACCCUGAAAAAUCGUAUGGAACACCUCGCACUCGUCCGAGGCCCGAACAAGAGCAUUCUGGGGCCGAUCAUUGCGGCGAACUUCGAAAAAUACACUGAACAGCACAAUCAACUUCGUCGGGUCUUCAUGACAGAAAGCAGAUUCGCUGGGCACAGAGUGCCUCCACCGCCGCCGUCAGAACUUUAUCAUGAUAGCGGAGUGCAUUCCGCUCCCCCGCCGCUGCCCGCCGGGCCGCCGCCUAUAAACCCUACCCUACCCUCAGUGCAACAACCCAUCAAUAAUGCAAGAUCAAGAUCCAAGGGCACGAGAGCCGAGCCAGAAGAUGUUUCCGAUGAAUAUUCUAGUGAAACGAAGCUAGUCAAACCCCGCAAAGGCCAAAUAGGACGACAAGCGCGUCGGUGGCGUGCUGCAAGAAUGAAAUACCUCAGGCCUGAUCUCAAGAAUCUCCCCAGCUCCAUCACUGUCAAACAGGCUCUUUGGCACGGCGGCUAUGCUACCAACGGGGAAAUGAAACGUGACUUGAGCUCGAGAGAACGGAGACAAGUCGCGGCCUAA